AUGAUUGCCGCGAGCGUGCUGGUGAAGCUGCUCGUGCUGCCCGCCGUUUCGAUCCCGCUCGUCUCGCUUGCCGCGCGAGACGGCUUGCUGCCCGACGAGCCAGCCGCCCUAAUGGUGCUGCACGUACAGUCCGCGGUGCCGUCCGCACAGACCGCCAUCGCGGUGCUGGUGGCCGCCGGUCAGACAGCUCUCGCGCAGCAGCUCUCGCAGCUCUACGUGUUGCAGUACGUGCUCUCCACCCUCACGCUGGCAGCAGUCAUCGUCAUCGCCGUCGAGCUCGUGUAUCCUUUCGUGGAGAGAGAAAGGCACUUUUAA